AUGCCAUCUCCCGGAUUACCGAGUGGUUCGUUGUCGUUGCCAUCAGAGCAACCAUUUGGCGACUCUCAAUUGAGUGCCCCGAACAGCUCCCGCGCGUCGGAAAUUGGGGAGCCAGGUGCAGAUAGCCUCGACCCUGUUACAAACCAAUCGACCAACGGUCACUCCCCAGACGCAUUUGCAGAGGGAAAGCAAGGCACGAAAAACAUGCUAGCUGCUUCGGGCGCGUCAGACCCUGGCAGUGAGGGCUCCAACGGCACACCCCAAUCCAACGGCACAGGCACAAAUGAUUCCACGAUAAAGCGAUCUCGUGAUGGAUCCGCUGCCCAGUCCACCGAAGUCGCCGGGGCAAUGGCCGUACGCACUCGCGACCCACCGCUCGACAAGAUCCUUCUGUCGCAGUACGUUGAUCGCGAAUUCCAGCACUCAGCUGCAAGUGCCUGGCAAAACCCAGGUCAAGAAUUACAGAAAAAUAAAAAGGCGGAACGCGAUUUCUACUUGACAGUUCGUCGCGAGAACCAGCAUAACCCGGCUGCAUUAUAUGGGGUUGGAUAUGAGGGUUUUGGAAAUCCACGCACCGACCUUCGCAACCAACAUCCCCAGCUCUUGUACCCUACCCAUCGCCGUCGACCAGGAAAUCGGAAAACUCGAGAACUACGGAUCUCGAGACGCGAAGCGAAAAUCCAGAACGAGCAAACGGAAGAUCUCGUGCCUGUGCGCUUGGAUAUUGAUUGGGAAAAGGUCAAAAUCCGUGAUACCUUCACAUGGAACUUGCACGACCGAGUUGUCUCUCCAGAUCUGUUCGCCGAGAAGCUGGUCGAAGACAUGGGUCUCGCGCUAGAGACUUCAAUCCCUCUAGUGCGAAUGAUCUCCCAGAGCAUCCAGGACCAGGUUAUCGAUUACUAUCCGCAUCUCAACAUACACGAAGACGCUCUCGACCCUCAGUUACCAUAUACUGCGUAUAAGAAUGACGAGAUGCGCAUUUCAGUCAAGCUGAAUAUCACUAUCGGCCAACAUACCCUCAUUGAUCAGUUCGAGUGGGAUAUCAACGACCCCAGCAAUUCUCCCGAAGAAUUCGCCUUGCGUAUGACCGACGACUUGUCACUCUCUGGUGAAUUCACUACUGCUAUUGCCCACUCGAUUCGCGAGCAAGCUCAACUUUUCACCAAAUCCUUGUAUAUUGUCGCUCAUCCAUUCGACGGUCGCCCGAUAGAGGAUCCAGACCUUCACACCUCUUUCCUUCCCACUCCUGUGGCUUCUGCUUUCCGCCCAUACCAAUCUGCCAAAGAGCAUACUCCUUAUCUUUACGAACUCAACGAAGCAGACCUCGAACGCACGGAGAUCUCUAUCUCUCGAGAACAACGUCGCCAGAAGCGGUCAAUUAACCGUCGGGGUGGCCCUGCUCUACCAGAUCUCAAGGAUCGUCAGCGUACGAUCCGCACGAUGAUAGUCUCCUCCGUGAUUCCCAACUCGGUGGGAUCCUUUGAAGAGAGCAAUGUCAUCAAGCGCACCGGCUCGGGUCGCCGACGUGGCAUGGCUGGGAACCGGGGCGAUGAUGAUUCAGACGAGUUUGAUAGUGACGAUUCCUCUGUUGGAUCUCCUGCCAUCGGACCCAACCUUGCACAGGGUACUGCCCGUACAAGAGGUAUGAGGGGUGCGGCAACCGCUGCCCAUGCAGCCCUUCGUGCCAGCCUGGGGCAGUCAGCAACCCCUGAGCCAGUCUUCCAUGAACCUCGAGUCUCCGCCCGGAGACAACAAUACCGAGAGGAGAGUAUAGAGGAAUCUGAGAGACUGAUUGUCAAACUGAAGAUCUCGCGCGACAAAUUGGUCGAUUUGAGAAACGGAAGGCGCAUUGUCUCCCAGGCUGCCCAGACUGCGCGCGCAAUGGCACCUCCACUAGACAAGCAAUCCCGCAUUCACCCUCCACCUCGGCCUCAGCAGACCGGCGCAGUCGAUGCUCCGAAUCCCCCACAACCCGGUGUCUUAGGCCCCGAACCACCCAGUUGGCUGGCCACCGGUCUCAACAAGCUCAAACAAUCCCACACCAACGACUCCUUCGAGGGCGUCAUGCGGUAUUCCGCCGUUGACACAAACACCCUAGCCCCAGUGGCCAAUCCAAACAACCUCCAGCAGGGCCAGAAGAUCAAAUAUCAAUAUCUCCCUCGAAUCCGCUGCCACGACUGUCCUGGGAAGCUCUACACACCAGGCCCAGGUAUGACGGUGGAUAACUUUGAAGUCCACCUUCGGAACAGGCAACACAAGGAGCGUGUUGAAGAGCGUCUUGCGAAGAACGGUGGUUUCGGUGGCGAAGCGAGUGCCAGCGCCAGCCCUGCUCCCGUUGUACACGCCUCUCCCUCUGGACAGCCAUAG